UUGAAUGGGAAGGAGAACUUUUGUACGGACAGGAUCAGUGCUGGAGUACUAAGGACAUUACUGCUCCAAUACCUUGCUUUUCAACAUUCAACCGUCAAAAUAGCGAAUUACUAUCGAUUUCCGAAGCACAGUAUUUUUUCUUCAAGGAGAGAUGAGCUUUUUAUUUCGCCUGACUUGUGAAAAUGUCAUUAGGGGCAAAAGUGGAAACCGCUCAUCGAAGACGUUCAAGCCGAAGAAGAACAUUCCAGAGGGCUCACAUCAGUACGAGCUCUUGAAGCAUGCAGAGGCCACGCUGGGCAGCGGGAACCUGCGCAUGGCUGUCAUGCUGCCCGAUGGAGAAGACCUCAAUGAAUGGGUGGCAGUCAACACUGUGGACUUCUUCAACCAGAUCAACAUGCUGUAUGGGACCAUCACAGACUUCUGCACUGAGGAAAGCUGCCCACUUAUGUCUGCUGGACCUAAAUAUGAAUAUCACUGGGCUGAUGGAACCAACAUAAAAAAGCCAAUUAAAUGUUCUGCUCCAAAAUACAUUGAUUAUCUGAUGACUUGGGUCCAGGAUCAGCUUGAUGAUGAGACACUUUUCCCUUCAAAAAUAGGUGUCCCCUUCCCAAAGAACUUCAUGUCGGUAGCUAAGACAAUUUUGAAGAGACUUUUCCGUGUUUACGCUCACAUCUACCACCAGCACUUUGACUCUGUUAUCCAGCUCCAGGAAGAGGCGCACCUCAACACCUCUUUCAAGCACUUUAUCUUCUUUGUUCAGGAGUUUAAUUUGAUUGACCGCAAAGAACUAGCACCCCUUCAGGAGCUGAUUGAGAAGCUCACCUCAAAGGACAGAUAAAUCUGCUCUUCCUGUCAGCACGUCCUCUCUAAUUUCUGUGUACAGGCAGCCUGGCUUUGUUCUCUCUUUGUUUGGCAUGUGUGUGGGAAUGUUUCCUCAGAGAGUUGGAAAAGGGCUGAUUCCACAAAACCCUCGAUAAGCCACAACUCAAGUAUAGGUCAGGAUCAUAGUGGAUUUAGACUGAAGUCCUUUUGACGUUGUCUCAAACACGAUUUAAGUGCCUGAUAUGUCCACAUUCAAAUGGCUAGCUUUUGUACAAAAAGCACCACCACUGCUUUAAAACUUGUUUAAGAUUAUGCUUUUGACUUUUUUUGUAGGUGAACAUUGAUAUUAAAAAAGUAAUUAGUGAUAAGUAAGCUUGUUAUCCUCUUAAUGGAUUUAUUUAGAUGUUCCUAGAUUAAAAUAACGAAUGAACCAUUGAGAUGAAACAUUUUUAAGUCUGCGUUUCUUUUCUUUUUUUUUUUUUUUUUUUAACCACUCCUGUGGAGAUGUUUGAAAAUUCCGUUAUCAGUUUCUGUUAUAGGACUGCUUUGUUUGCAUCAGAUUGGAUCAAGCCCUCAGUCUUUCUGUUUGUUGUAACACAUUUCACUCAUAACUGAUGAACUUUGCCCUGAGCCUACAGUUUGCCUGAUAAUGCUUUUAUACCACUACAAUAUUUAUAAAUAAGUACUUGUGUUGAUGUGUCGGUUUUCGCAGAUUGACUACCAGAGGUUAGGGGUUUGUCUGUUGGAAACUGGGAUGAAAUGUACUGACUAUGCAAGAUUGGGAUGUCUUAUUAAUAAUCUCUCUCUUUUUUUUUUUUUAUACCUCAUGACAUACACCAGUCCGCCAUAGACAUAUUUAUUAAUGGAAUUAUCAAUUUCUCUAGCCCUACUUAAGCUUUUCCCCCUCAAAAUCUGUGUCUGUGUCUUAAUUAUUUCAAGGAUCCAUAAUAUAGUCUUUUACUUAAAAUACAAGAUAAUAUGAGAUGGUGAAUACAAGUUGGAUAAAAAUCGAUAACAGAUUUGAUAAUAGUUUUGCAUAAUGAUAAACUCCUUUAUCAAUGAUAAUGUAAUGACAAAUUAGAUUAAUAAAUAUAGUACAAAAUCAUCCUUUUUAUAAAAAAAUAAAAAAAGAAGAGGGGUGGUAGUGUAAAUAAUUACAUUCCCACUAACUUAAACAAUGCAUAUCUUUGGUCUAUGAAGUUUCACCCUGUGAAUGUUCAUUUUUCUGAAUGUUACAGAAAAUAUGUUAUUAUUCUAAAUAACACAUUACUAAAAUAUUUCUCAGAAAUAUUCAACUGUUUCAAAAGAGUAUAAGAUCGACUUUACACAAAUGUACUAAACAUUUUUGAUGGCAAGUUGUAAAUAAUAUAAUCAGUAAAGUUAUGCAAUUGGAAUAGCCUGAAAUGCUAAAAUCACUGAACUUUUGUGGUACAAUUCUGAAUACUGUUUAUAGGAUAAUAAACCUUGUU